UUUGAUCCCGUACUGCUUUCCACUGAGAACUUUCUCUGUGUGCUCUUCGUGUGGAAUUUUUGAGUGUAUGUGAGUGGACGCCGUUUGCUUUACUCUGGGGAUUUUUUUUUCUGAGGAUUAAGCUUUUGAGUUUUUACGUACGUAACAAGGAAAAUGACGCAUUUUAAUAAGGGUCCUUCGUAUGGACUGUCUGCUGAAGUGCGAAGCAAAAUUGCUCAGAAAUAUGACCCACUGAGGGAGGACGAGCUGCGCUCCUGGAUUGUGGACGUAAGAGGAAUCCCAUUGGGGGAUAACUUUCAGAAGGGAUUAAAGGACGGUGUCAUCCUUUGCGAACUGAUCAAUAAGCUUCAACCUGGGUCAGUGAAGAAAAUUAACCUGUCACAGUGGAACUGGUCCAAGCUGGAAAACGUUGGGAAUUUUAUCAAAGCUAUCCUGGCCUAUGGCCUAAAGCCCAGUGACAUCUUUGAGGCCACUGACCUGUUUGAAAGUGGGAACAUGACACAAGUGCAGACCACACUGCUUGCACUUGCUAGCAUGGCGAAGACUAAAGGUUUGGACACAAGGGUUGACAUUGGUGUGAAAUACGCAGACAAACAAGCUCGACAUUUUGACGACGAGAAAAUCAAGGCUGGUCAAUGUGUCAUUGGUCUCCAGAUGGGAACAAACAAGUGUGCGAGUCAGGCCGGAAUGACUGCUUACGGAACCAGAAGACAUCUCUAUGAUCCAAAGACACACACCGACAAACCCUAUGACCAGACCACCAUCAGCCUGCAGAUGGGAACCAACAAAGGAGCCAGCCAGGCGGGCAUGUCAGCCCCUGGUACUCGAAGAGACAUAUUCGACCAGAAGGUGGCUCUCGUGCCAGCAGACAAUUCCACCAUCUCGCUUCAGAUGGGGACAAACAAGGUUGCAUCCCAGAGGGGUAUGAGUGUGUAUGGCUUGGGUAGACAGGUCUAUGACCCAAAGUACUGCGCUGCCCCAACAGAGCCCAUUAUCCAUACCAACGGCAGCCAGGGCACUGGCACCAACGGGUCUGAGAUCAGCGACAGUGACUAUCAGGCCGACUUCCAGGAGGACGAAUACCAUGGAGGUUAUAAUGACAACUACAGCCCCCAUUACAAUGAUCAAGGCAUUGACUAUUAGUAGCCAGCUCCACAUUCAGAGCAGUAUUAACAAUUGUAUGUCACUAAUACAACAGAGCAAAUCUUUUGCUAUCUACACCUGUCUUCCUAGGUACAGGGUAUAGAGCUUGUCCAGUCCAAUGGUUUAAACACCAAGAUUUGGAUAAAAGAGUCAGGCCUGACCAAUAAUGAGAAAAGUAUAACCUGGGCCUUAUUUUCUUGGAUUGAUUCUAUUGAAAUAAAUGUUUUGUUUUUUUUGUUUUUUUUUACUCGCCUACAGUUUUUUUUAUAAGCAGUAAAGGUAAUGGUUCAUUGUCUUUAACCUCCAGAUAAAAAACAAAAAUUAUGUCAAGUUCCAAAAAUCCAGUAUCACUGAAUGACCAGGAAGCAUUUUUCCAACGUGUAUGUCAAAACAGUAAAAUAUAUGUAUGUGCCUUUUACGCUGUUUUUACUCUGUUGUUACUUAGCUAGGUGUUUUAGAUAUUUCUUGUCUGUUUUACAGCAUUCAAACACUAGUAAUUUUUUUUUUUUGGCCUAAAAUAAGGAGCACGUAAAUCCAGAUGGCUGUCGGAUUAUGACAAGUGACCACUGAAGCAGACUCGGUUUUGUACGAAAACUUCCAAGUGCCCUCGUUUGAUCAUUAUUUUAACAGUUCCACUUGUAUUCCAAACUGUAUUUAUUGUGAUUCUCAUUACAAAACAGUCCAUUGUUUUAUGGUUGCCCUAAUAGGAAUGGUAAAAUGUUAAUAAAAAUCCAGAAUUUGAAAA